UAAUAAAAUUAUUAUAAUAUAAUAAUAUCAUGAUUAUUCGACUCCCGCCGCUGGGCACCACUGUUGAAAUGCAGUAUGACUUUACACAGAACGCCAACGCGUCUCUCACAAUCGACGUGCAACAUAAUAAUAAUAUAAAUAAUAAAAUAUAAUAAAAAUAUAUUAUAUGCCUGCCAAACAGCGUUAACGACAAUAAUAAUAAUAUAACCGUCUAGCCGCCGCAUCAUGGUCCAAAGGUUGGGAGGAGGUUCGGUAUUAUGGUUUGUCACGGUCGUCGCAAUGUCGACCAGCUCAAAACCACUGCAAUCUGCUGGUCAUGCGAACCACAUGGGAAGUUUAAAGCCUUCGGCGUCGUCGUUGGUCGGCGACACCAUGUCCUCGACGAACGACGUUCCGUUCGACUGGUCUUCCGAUUACGAGAUGGCUGUCGUCUACAUCACGUCCGCUUGGACCGAAUUUGGCGAUGUACGUUCGCCCGACGCACCCCUGGGCAUUAUCGCCGAAAACGGAUUUCUCAAUUACUGCGUGAGGUUCAAGACCAAGUUGGCCGCUUGGGCUAAGUCCUUACAAGACAGGCCCGACGUGAGUGAAACGGUGAAAAAAGCCGUUUCUAGCUGGUAUAGAGCCAUCGACACACUGUCGCAGGACAAUUGGAAUCUUCCGGCCGCGCUCACUUUGGAAUCGUUCAGAAAACAAUUCAUGACCGCGUACAAGCACUUGGUGCUCAACGGUGCCGAAAUCUACGAAAAAUCGGAUUCCGAAAUCGUGAAACGGGACGUGGACGGAUUCACAAGAGACGUUGCCGAUACGAUGAUCGGGAUACUCAAAGGAAUUUCGAAACAAGUCCGAAGCAUUCCCGAGAAACGCGACACGGAAUAUUAACAGUCCAUAAUUUAUGCAGUGUGCUAAGUGCGUCGGUUUCACUUCUGUGCUACGUACCUACGUGUGUAACGAGAAAAUAUUUUACAUUAUAUUAUAAUAUGUACCUUUUAUGGUAUAUUUGCUUUGACUUUUUAAGGACAUUGACGGGUAUUCGUAAAUGUUCAACUAAAUAUAUUUAUAAUAUAGUAGAUACGCCAAUAAACGUAUAUAAUACCAACGAUCGAGACUGAUUUAUAAAAUUAAAUAUUGAUAAAUAAUGAAAAUGUAAUAUGUCUUACCUAUGUAUUUUUACUAUAACACUUACUAUAGAUUAACACUAUUUAUUGUAUUUGAUACAUUAGUAUUGUAAAAGUCUUUAGGAAAUUCUUUCGGCAUUGUUGGAAAUUUACUAUUCCUAAUUUCAACAACAACAAAAAGUUGUUAUAAACAUUUUAUUUUUUUGUUAUACGAAAUAAUCUAGUAUAUGUAUAUUAAACAAAAAAAUAGUUACAAUAAUUGUUACAC